GACAGUUGUAUUGAAAACACGCGGCUGUCAAACUUCGAAAAUUUCUUCUGAACGUAAUUUAUUUUUUAGCAUCAGCCACUCGAGAUCAAAUUGAGAAAAUUGAAAGAAAAUCACAUUAAAAUCAGUUAAUUACAAUCGAUAGCCAGCUAAUUAUCACGGAAUUUGUCAUUUUGAUGGAAAUUAAGUGAAUGUUUAUUGAAUAAACUGCUGACAUUUGUUUAGCGUGGAAAAUUCCCGAGUAUAACAAAGAACACAAUGAUAUUCUCAAAGCUGUCUCGAUUUGCAUGGCGUAAUAAUCCACAUAUUCGCCAAUUUUCCGGCAAAUACCAAAAGGCCUUAGACAAGUAUCCUGUUUUAAUGCAGGCUGCACAGGCAGGUUUUUUAAUGGGUGCAGGAGACUUUUUGGCUCAAACUAUAAUUGAAAAGCAGAAAUUAUCCCAAGUUGACUAUGUGAGAACGUUGAAAUUCUUCUCGAUUGGAUUUUGUGUGGCUGGUCCUGGUUUACGGAAAUGGUAUGGAACAUUGGAUGCUCGAGUGACCGCAAAGAGUACAUUGGGUCGUACGAUGCAAAAAGUGUUCAUCGAUCAAGCGGUGUUUGCUCCGAUUUUCUUAGCCUGCUUAUUGUCUGUGAUUGGAUACUCUCAACAUCAGGAUGUUGACAAAGUUAAAGAUAAACUGCGAAACGAUUACAAAGAUAUCCUUAUUGCGAAUUACAGUGUUUGGCCAUGGGUUCAAAUCAUCAAUUUCAGCAUAAUUCCAUUGAACUAUCAGGUGCUGUUAACUCAAACAGUUGCUGUUUUUUGGAAUAUCUACUUUUCAUGGCGUACCAAUUUGAAAGAGCGUCCAGCUGUGAUUAGCUCUGGGAAUGCGGUGAACACAAAUACAAGCAGUAAUGCUAUCAGUGCAAUUUAAAAGGAUAACAGCAUCAAAAACACAUACCUAUCGUCUCUAUUUUUAUUUGUAGUUAAAUAGGAGUAGUAUUAAAUCUAUUGUAAAAAUGAGUUUCAGACAAGCACUAGAGAGACAUAAACAUAUACAUGGAAUGCUUAUCGCAUUUAUAGAAACGGCGAAACUCGCAAAAUGAAAUGUUUCUGUUGAAGAGAAAAAGAAAAACAGAAUAAAAAAGUCUAAUGAAAGGAAACAAA